AUGAAUGGCGCCGACCUAACCAAAGCCGCCCUCAACAAAGCCAAGCAACUCGCGCACGGCACCACCACCUCUGGCGCUUCGGCCAAUGGCAAUGGGAACAAGAAACGGAGGAAGGGUCAGGAUCUGAAGCCCAUCAUCACGGCGGAACGGAAGGCUCAGGAGGCGGGCGAAAGUGGGGGCGCCGCGAACAGUUUCGCAUACAGUGUUCAAGCGCCCAGUUCGCACCCGAACCAUCAGAAGCCCGCAUAUACCAAUCAGUUGCAUCGAUCGCCAUCGUCCUCGUCGUCCGAUGAUGUCGACGGGGAGGAGAACACAGCCGACGAAGAAGACUCGGAAGAUUACUGCAAGGGCGGAUAUCAUCCGGUUCAUGUCGGCGAGCAGUAUAAAGAUGGCAAAUAUACCAUUGUGCGCAAAUUGGGGUGGGGCCAUUUCUCGACCGUCUGGCUAUCGAAGGACAACACCACAGGAAAACACGUUGCAUUGAAGGUGGUACGGUCCGCUGCACAUUAUACCGAAACCGCCCUCGAUGAAAUCAAACUGCUGAACAAAGUGGUCGGCGCGAACAAAGACCAUCCGGGCCGAAAACACGUCGUCAGUCUCCUCGACUCCUUCACCCACAAGGGACCCAACGGCAGCCACGUCUGCAUGGUGUUCGAAGUCCUCGGCGAAAACCUCCUCGGCCUCAUCAAGCGGUGGAACCACCGCGGCAUCCCCCUUCCCCUGGUCAAGCAGAUCACCAAGCAGGUGCUGCUCGGCCUCGACUACCUCCACCGCGAAUGCGGCAUCAUCCACACCGACCUCAAACCGGAGAACGUGCUGAUCGAGAUCGGCGACGUCGAGGCCAUCGUCAAGGCGUACGUGGACGAGGACCCGGCGAAGAACGCGAGCAAAGACGAUCAUCGGAACGGCCGUCGGAGAAGACGGACGCUGAUAACCGGCAGUCAGCCGUUGCCGAGUCCGUUGAACGCGAGCUUUAGUCAGAGCGAUUUGCAGCAUUUCCCAGGGAGUACGGCGAGUUUGAAUAAGAUCAUUAACGAGAGUAAGAGUGAAAUCGCCCUAAGUUUUCGCAACUCCGUUUGUACCCCUCGAAUAUGUCUGAUUUUGAUAGUGAGUGAAUCGAACAACUCGACUUCCGAAUCCGCAGGGAAGUCCAUGCUAGAAACGCUCGGCAUCAAAGGCGAAGACGAAGAAGUUCAGAAGCAGCGAGAGAAGACAGCCGAUAUUCUUACCAAGGAUAUCUCCGGAAUAGAUCUCGGGAAAUCCUCCACCACAUCGACACAGACCUCGCCAACCCCGCAGCCAGAUGAUAUGAAUAUCGAGGUCAUAUCCGUCAAGAUCGCCGAUUUAGGGAAUGCGUGUUGGGUGGGUCACCAUUUCACCAACGACAUUCAGACCCGACAAUAUCGUUCUCCGGAAGUCAUCUUGGGCUCUAAGUGGGGCGCGAGCACUGACGUCUGGAGCAUGGCCUCCAUGGUCUUCGAACUCAUCACCGGCGACUACCUCUUCGACCCCCAAUCGGGCACCAAAUACGGCAAAGACGACGACCACAUCGCGCAGAUCAUCGAGCUUCUCGGCCCGUUCCCCAAAUCCCUCUGCCUCUCCGGCAAGUACUCCCAGGAAAUUUUCAACCGCAAAGGCGAGCUCCGCAAUAUCCACCGCCUCCGCCACUGGGCGCUGCCGGACGUGCUGCGCGAGAAAUACCACUUCCCCGCCGACGACGCUCGGCAGAUGGCGGACUUCCUGGGACCCAUGCUACAGUUGCUACCGCCGGAUCGCGCGAACGCGGGGGGGAUGGGGAAUCAUCGGUUUUUGGACGGCGCGCGGGGGAUGGAGGGGGUUCGGGUGGAUGUGGCAGUGGGGAGUAAGGGGGAGGGAAUUGAGGGGUGGGCGACGGAGGUGAAGAAGGGGAGGUAGUUUAGGGAGGGGGAACGGAUGCGUUUGGUUCGGUGCGUGGUUGCGAUUGUUGGGGCUGGUGUUCGUGCGCUGCUGUGGAUGAGUACGAUGUGGACGAGUCCGACGCGGAUAAGCACGGUGUGGACCUGGAUGAGUACGAUGUCGACGUCGCCCGAGCGGUGUGACUGACUUGACUGGCUGAUUGACGGACUGAUGGACUGACCAGAUGGAAACGAACAACGACCACGGGAUCUGCGCACUACUUAUUUGGCAAGGAAGAGGUCCCGUCAUGAUGGCUCAGGGUCCGUUUUUGGCGGACACAUGAAUAACGCUUCAAUACACUUGCUCUUUGCCCGUCCAUCUAUUCGUGCUCCGCGGCACACUGAUGGCGCCUCUGUGGUGUGGAGUGAAUGAACUGAACUGAAGCGAUUUUCAGGUGUUCGUUUCUCAUCUUCGGUGAUA